AAAAGAAUUCUUCAAAAAGCAGGUGACGCAGUCAUUUGAACGCUAACGGCAACAUGAAGUCCUACAUUCUUCUAGCCUUCGUCAGUACUGCACUAGGGGCUUCCAGCAUCCCUGAGCGAUGCAAGCUGCCCGCCCACCCAGGAUUCUGCAGAAUGCCAUUGCUGAGAUGGUGGUACAACGUAGAGACAGGGCAGUGCGAAGAGUUCUAUUUUGGCGGCUGCGCCGGGAAUGCGAACAAUUUUGAAACCAAAGAACUCUGCGAGAAGACAUGCUCUGAAGAAAGCACCAAUCUGACGCCACUGCAACCUGUCCUGGCCUUCAGAGGACUGACUAAAAAAAUGUUGCCUGCAUCUCGACCAAACGGAUGGCCCAUUUGCCGCAGGCCACCAUACAGUGGUCCGUGUAGAGCUGCCUUCACUCGCUUCUACUACGACGCUGCGACCAACACUUGCCGCCAGUUUACAUAUGGUGGAUGCAAGAGCAAUGGCAAUAACUUCGUGUCUGGCACAGCCUGUAUGAAGGCCUGCGCAUCUUCAAUACCUGUGAGCCCCAGACCAGGUAAAGCAUAAGUAAAGGAGUUCCCUUUACAAUAAAUGUUUCAACCAGCAAAAA